AUGGCAUUGAAAUUGAUAGAUCAGCCGAUUGAAUGCGCCGUGGGGAUACUUGUCGUGUAUAUUUCUGGAUAUAUAAUUUACCAGCGAUUCUUCCAUCCGCUCGCAAAAUACCCAGGUCCAUUCCUCGCCUCGCUGACCGACCUAUGGCAAGUGUAUCAAUUCAUGACAUUGAAGCAGCCAUACACCCUCACAAAACUUCAUGAAAAGUACGGAUCCAUCGUUCGGUAUGGCCCCGAUAAGUUGAGCGUAACCGACGAGGACGCUGUCCGAUUGAUCUAUCAGACCGGGGCCAGGUACAUGCCCAAGACUGAAUUCUACGAUGCAUAUGGUGCAGCUCAUCCGAACGUCUUCGGCAUGCGUGACGAAGCGGCCCACUCCAUUCGACGACGGCACAUGUCGCACAGCUUCUCCAUGAGCUACGUUAAAGAAAUGGAGCAAUACCUCGAUGCAAACAUAAAGAUCCUACGGGAUAAAAUAUCCCGCCACGCCCUGAAUGAUGAGCUGUUUGAUUUGAAGAAGACAUUGCAUUACUACACUAUUGAUGUGCUGGGUGAGCUUGCCUUCAGCCAGACUUUCGGCAUUCAAGAAUCCGACGACGAAUCCCGUAUACCGCCCGUGAUUGAACAUAGCCUGUUGGCAGCCGUGACAGGUGCCUGGCCGGCUAUGACAAUGACUCUCAAGAAAUGGCUUCCGAAAAUCCCACACAAGGGACUCCAGGCUCUAUUUAAAGGUCGCAAGGCCUGCGCAGACCUAGCUUCUCGAUGUGUCAAUAUCAGAUUGAGCACUCUGCGGUCUAAGAAUGGAACGCCGAAGGAUCUCCCUGAAAGGAAGGAUAUUUUGACUAAUCUGAUCAAUGCUAAGCAUCCCGAUACGGGGGAAAGUCUGACCCAGACUGACUUGGAGACGGAGGCUUUUGGCUUUAUCAUCGCGGGGACUCAUACAACAAGUGCCACAGCGACACUGCUAUUCUACCACCUCCUACAUAAUACCAAUCUGAUGAACCAAUGCGUCACCGAGAUUGACGAAAAGUUGCCCUCUCUCCAGCCCAACCAAAGCGCGUACUCAGUGACAGACGCCGAAGCCUCGUUGCCAUUUUUGCGCAAUUGCAUAAAGGAGAACUUUCGAAUAACCCCCGUCUUCACGAUGCCCCUCGCAAGAAGAGUCUUAAACGCUGAAGGUGUGAUAAUUGCUGGGAAUCAUAUUCCGUGCAGGUCUGUAAUCACGCAUUCCAUCAUAAUCCGGAGGUUUGGGGGGGCAGACCACAAUGUUUUCGACCCGUCGCGAUGGGAUAUACCCGGGGUGGCGAGCAAAGGGCGGCUCUUAAUGCAUUUUGGCCUCGGGGGUCGGCAAUGUAUUGGGAAGACUGUGGCUAUGUCCAAUAUCUAUAAGUUGAUGAGUACGCUGCUGAAGGAGUUCCAGUUUGAAUUGGCGGAUGAAGAGGAGAAAGCGAAGGUACAGAGAGGUGGCUUCCAAGGGGAAAUCCCGGAGAUGAUCAGUGUCGGUAUUAGUGAUCUCGCCUCGCCGCUGAUGGUGAAAGCUCGGAAGAGAAAUUAG